AUGCCUUAUUGGCAAUUUUUAGAUAAUUAUAAUAAUGAUGAUUCGGGUAGGAUUUGGAUUGGGUGGGAUCCUAGCAUUGCUAAACUCAGUGUUCUUCAUUCUGCUUCCCAUUGCAUUUUUGUGUUAGUUGACAGUGUUCAGGUUUUUUCUUUUGUGGCUACUUUUGUCUAUGGUGACAAUAAUAAUCUUAAUAGAAGAUCUCUGUGGGAGGAUAUUUAUUUUCUUCCUCCUGGUAUCUCUGAUCACUCCCUUGGAGUUGCUUCUAUUUUUGAAAAAAGAAAACAUGGUACUCCUUCUUUCAGGUUCUUUAAUUUUAUGACUGAAGAGCAUGAUUUCCUUGAUCUGGUUAGAAAGGUGUGGAUUAGCAAGGUUAGGGGUAAUCCUAUGUUUAUUUUUAUGACUAAACUCAGAAAGGUUAAGGCUCCUAUCAUUGAAUGGAAAAGAUUGAGAUUUAAGAACCUCUAUGAGCAUGUUAUGGAGGCCAAAACUGAGAUGAUUUCUGUUCAGCAGCAAGUGCAAGUUUCUCUCCUUUGUCAUAUUCUGGUUAGGAAGGAGAAAGAGGCGAUGCAACAUUAUGAAAAGGUAGCAAGGUAUGAGGAGUCUAAGAAAAAACAAAGAUCUAGAGUUCAUUGGAUUGAGUGGCUUGAUUUGGGUGAUUCAAACACUCAUUUCUUUCAUAAUUCUUUAAAAGAAAGGAGAUUCAGGAAUAAUAUCCCCGGUCUCACUUCAAGAGAUGGUGAUGUUCUGGUGGAUGAUAAGGAGACCAAGCUUUGGAAUGUAUUUUCCUUAUUUUCUGAGCUUUAUGAUGAGAAAGGGGUUGUUAAUGUUGAGUUAAUUGAAGAGUUAUAUUUUGAUAAAAUGAUAAAUGAAGAAUCUAAAAAUGAUCUUAUCAAACCUGUCUCAAGAGAUGAAGUUGUUGCUUCUCUUUCCUCUAUAGGCUCUGGAAAAGCUUCUGGUCCAGAUGGAUUCUCCAGUUAUUUUUUUAAAGUUUGUUGGAAUAUAAUUGGUGAUGACUUUGUUGCUACAAUCCAGAAUGUCUUUAAAAGUUCAAAACUCCUUAAGGAAGUGAAAAGGAUAUCUAUUCAAUACAAUAUAAUGUUGGCACAUGAGAUUGUCAUGAAUUACCAUAGAUCAUCUGGUAGCCCAAGAUGCGCCAUGAAAAUUGACUUAAGGAAAGCUUAUGAUACUGUAAGCUGGAAUGUUGUUAGUACUACUAUGAGGAAAACGGGUUUCCCUGACCUUUUCAAUGGAUGGGUUGAGCAAUGUGUUACUUAUCCAAAAUUUUCUAUUCUCAUCAAUGGCUCACCCUAUGGUUCUUUAGUUCUUAUAGAUAAUGUUAUAGUUUUCUUCAAAGGUACUAGUCAAGUAGUUGUUAGUCUUAAGAUAGGUAUUGUGGAUUUUGGUGACUGCUCUGGCCUUCAUAUGAAUCAACAUAAGACUUCUUUAUUUGCUUUCGUUGUUGCUGAUAGGAUUCUGCAGGAUAUUCUCUCUAUCAUGGAUUCUCAAGAAAACAAACUUCCAGUGAAUGGGGGAGGUUUGGGGGUGAGAGAUGUUGAGAUUAACAAUGUUUCUGCUAACUUAAGACGUCUAUGGGAUUUGUUAUCUGAUAAAGAUUCUAUCUGGAAUGAUUGGGUCAAGAAGAACCUCAUUAAAGGUAAAGACAUUUGGUCCUUGGCUAUUCCCCAAGAUGCUUCAUGGUGUUAG